UUUUUUCUGCUUAGGUGUGGAGAAACAAACAAACAAACAAACAAACAUGACAAUCCAAUGGGUGGCGGUUGUGAGCUUUCUUUAUGCUGAAAUAGGACUCAUUUUAAUCUUCUGCCUGCCCUUUAUUCCUCCUCAGAGAUGGCAAAAGAUAUUUUCAUUUAGUGUCUGGGGUAAAAUUGCAAGUUUAUGGAACAAAGCUUUCCUUACCAUUAUAAUCCUAUUGAUUGUUCUGUUUCUAGAUGCUGUGAGAGAAGUAAGGAAGUAUUCCUCCAGUCAUGUCAUUGAGAAGAACUCAGAUGGCAGGCCGACAGCCUAUGAGCACACACAGAUGAAGCUCUUCAGGUCCCAAAGAAAUCUUUAUAUUUCUGGAUUCUCAUUAUUUUUUUGGCUAGUGUUGAGACGUCUGGUUACACUUAUUACUCAGCUGGCAAAAGAAAUAACAAACAAAGGAGUACUUAAAACGCAAGCAGAAAAUACCAAUAAGGCUGCCAAGAAAUUUAUGGAAGAGAAUGAAAAACUAAAAUGGGCGCUAAAAAACCAUGGCAAUGACGAAGAACACACUUUGGAAACUGAAAAUAAAAAGCUGGUAGAAGACCAGGAAAAACUGAAAACUGAAUUAAAGAAGGCUUCAGAUGCCCUUUUUAAGGCACAAAACGAUGUGAUAACUAUGAAGACGCAGUCAGAGAGGCUGUCGAAAGAAUAUGACCGGCUCCUGAAAGAGCACUCAGAGCUUCAGAACCGUUUAGAAAAAGACAAUAAGAAAGACCUGUGAACUAACUCUAUAAAAGAAGAUUGUGAUACGCCUUGUCAAGAUAGUAAAUUUGUUAUCAUGGUAGCCACUAAAACUUUUAAAAUUCAGUUAAAGAAGAGGAAGGAACUCUUCUAGCCACCACAGACACACAAAGGCUAUAUAGUGUUUCAGAUAUAAAGUAUGUAUUUCAGCUCUUUUGAAAAAUAUAAGCAUGUUAAAUACCAUAUUUACUUAUUGCUAAUAGCAUUGGUAUAUGGUGGCUCUUUACCCAUAAAAGGAAAAACUCAUUAGCCAGCCAUUUACUUCCUAAAUUAGAUCUAAAGUUGCAUGAAACCAUUAUUAGCUUUGAAAGCUUUGAUGGGUUUUUAGUAAUAAUCAGAUGAUGGUGCUGGUGAAAAUGAUGUGUUUGAAAAUAGUACUCAGUAUCAGAAAAUUUGUUCACAGGGAAAUAAGGAUAAAUGAUCACAAUUAGCCACUGUGUUUAUAGAGAAGGGUCAAAGAACAAUGAAAACAAUGGCCUCAGGGUUUUUUGAGCCUAAUAAUUCUAUGAUUUACUCUACAGAUGACAGCACUAUUGAUAGUUAUAUUUUUGUUACUAUGCUUCAGUACAAUUAGACUGUUGAUAUUUGUUUAGUCAUAUAUAAUUAGUAUUCUAUCUUUUCAAGUUUAUCUAGUAAUAGAAUUUAUGCCCAUUUGCAUAGCUGUCAUAACACUGAACUUUUGUUGCACUGUGGAGUUCUCCACUACAAAGCUCAUGUAUGACAUCCAGAAAGCAGUGCUCUUUAUGCUUGUGAGCAUUACUGAUUGUACAGGUGUUACCUCGGUAUCCAUGCACUGGUAUCAUACAGAUCUCUCUACUAUUUCUAUAUUCUCAAAGUUAACUACUGGGUUUCAUGCAAAUAUUCAUAUAGAAGUAGUCAGUGUAGUAAUAUGGUUUAGGUUAUUUCAAAUGUUUAACUGUGAAAAGCCACUUGUCUUAAAAUGACUUAAAUAUAAAAGAAAAUGUAAAAUAAUAAUUGGAGUUUUUACUUCUCUAGUCUUUGUUUUAUCUAUAAUUUUAAUGCCAGUCUCAUGUAUAUUUAAUUGUUCUCAUUGUAAAGUGGGUAAAAUGAAUAAUAUCUAAUUAUAUUUCAGAUAAAAGUCAGGGGUUAGUGCUAGAAAAUAGACAUGAAAAAGAUAUUCAAGAGGGGUAAGAUAGGGGAGUUAUGCCAUCUGGGAUGACACUACCAUAAAUAACAAGGAAAGGAAAUGCUGAACUAGAAGAAAACUGCACACAUGACAUCUCAAACUUUAAACUUAGAAAUAUCAAAGCGAGAGUAGCAUGGUAAAUAUAGAUACUGAAUGUUUAAGAUCUUGACCUACUCUACAGAAAUCAACUCUAAUGUCAGAAUCACAUAAGUUAAAGAGAAAGUGCACAGCUUUAGAGCUUGAACCAAAAGCUAAUCCCAGUUUCUCCACUUGUUUAGUCAUGUGAUUUGAACAAAUUAUUCAGACUUACUAUAGGCCUCCU